AAAAACUAUAAAAAAUGGAGAUAUAUAGUAACCGUUUUUCCCGACAAACAAACAAUACGCCCAAAAUUUCUCACGCCUAAAGCAAAGUUCAAUUCGUAUUCGCAUCUAGUUUUAUCGAUUGCGCUGCAGUCGCAGAAAGAGUUCUUCACUUGGUUUACAUUUUGCAAGGCAUGUCCUGUAAUUCUUGUCCACCAUUUGGUGGCUAUAAGUUCCCUUCCUGCUUUGAACGCUAUGGCGGCAUCUCGAACACCAAGAAUCCUGGGAAUGUCCAAUCGCUGCAUAGUCUGGCCCACAAUGUGAUGCCCAAGUUCUACGAUGGCAUCGAGCUGGACUAUUAUCAUCGAUUGGCACCGAACAAGUUCAUCUCAGCCGAAUGGGUUCUCAGCCAUGUGCGAGCUGCUGGCUUUCGUUUUGGCGGCGUCUACACAUUUCGAGUGGAGGACGAUUUCAUGCUUACUCCAACUAUUAUUGGCAACGUGCAUCCCACAACUUUGGCAGCCAAUUUGAGAAUGAUUUACUAUCCCUUCAAGCCGCUUCGCAUGGAGGCCGUGCUGCAAAAGCAUGCCGAAGAUGUGCCAGUCGAGACACAGUAUACAAUUGAGUGGACGCGACCCAGCGACACGUGGACUGCUAAUUUCUACAAUGUUCGCAAUGAGAAUGGACGUUGCACUCUCUCGGCCAUGCGCUCGAUCAGUCCUCAUUGGGCUAUUGGCGGUGAACUGCUUCUGGAGUGGAACGAGCCCAAAAGACUCAUGACAGACUUGGCUUUUGCAGCGCGCUACUCUCAUCACAAUUAUUCGUUUGCGGCAACAGCUUCACGCCAGGGCUUGGAUGUAAGCUAUUGGCAGCGUGUUCAUCCUCAGAUUCAGAUGGCCAACUUACUAGCCUGGAAUCGCAGCACAAGAAAAACUAUUGCCACGAUAUGCUAUCAAUGGAACUUCUGGAAUUGUGCUGUUCAUGGCAUGAUCGAUUCGGAUGCUCUUGUGGGCUUCAUGUGGACUCGAUAUUUGACAUAUUUACCACUGCAGAUGGGAUUUAGUGUGGUCAUGAGUUUACCCACAAAUCGCUUUGCCUUCGGAAUGCGAUUUACUCUAGAUCCAAGUGGUUUGAGACGCGGCGAUUGAGAGACGCUGAGAGAUGUUCUUGUGAUGUUUGAAUUAUAUUUUUUUUACCAAAUUAUCAGAUAGAUGUACAAGGGUUAAAACAAUUUUUGGUUUUACAGCAUAA